CUGCACUGCCAUUACUCCUCUGUGGGAUCCAAGACUGGGAAGCUAGCACACAGCGGGCCACCAUGAGCCAAGUGACAAUUAAGGAUAUAGAAGUCCUCAACUGUGAAUAUGGCAAAAACACGAUUAAGUUCCUUCGCCUCCAUAGAGAAGGGAAGAAGCACUUUGUUAAAGAAGUGGAAGUGUGCACCCACCUCCGGCUGACUUCUGCUCAUGAGUACCUGGAUGGAAACAACUCCUUUGUGAUACCUACAGACACCAUAAAGAAUAUCGUCCUGGUGUUGGCCAAAAAAAAUGGGAUCCCAACUUUAGAACAAUUUGCUAUAGAUAUCUGCAAACACUUCAUGACAACAUUUUGCCAAGUGGCCUACGUCAAAACCUACGUUCAGGAAGUUCCAUGGCAACGUCUACACGAGAACGGCGUUCCCCACAUCCACUCGUUUAUAUGUGUUCCUGAUGGGAUUCGCUUUUGUGAAGCUGAGCAGUGCCGGAAUGGUCCUCUGGUUGUUUUUGCUGGAAUUAAAGAUCUGAAACUUAUGAAGACAACACAGUCUGGAUUUGAAGGCUUCUAUAAGAAUGAACACACCACGCUACCUGAAAGGCAUGACAGGAUUUUAUGUGGAGAGCUCUUCUGCAAAUGGUCGUAUGGCGAAUGCAGAGACUUUGACUUCGAUUGCAUAUGGAACAAAGUCCGGGAAUGUAUCCUUGAGGCCUUUUCAGGGCCACCUGACUGUGGGGAGUAUUCACCCUCUUACCAGAAGACUGUCAACUCUAUCCAGAUGUGCGUCCUUUCCAAAGUGUCACAGGUACAGGUCAUAGAAGUCAUCUUGAACAACACGUUUUACAAUGUGGUAGACAUGAAGAAUCUAGGCUUGACCAAUGACAAAGAAGUUCUGGUUCCAGUGGAAACUCCCUAUGGCUCUUGUGCUUGCACGCUUGGCCGGAAGAAGUUCUUAGAAGGUCAAGGCCACAUGCUAAGAGAUGAGAAGCAAAGUCAGUUUGGACUGGUAGCAUCCCAGGGAAACUAAACCUCUCGGCUCCACUCACACAUUCCUGAUAAACUUGCAGUAUGGCUUUCCUAUCCACGUGUAUUCAUUACCGGCCUCUCCCAUUGCUGACUACUUUUCCCUUUAUGAACUCAUAUGUUGGGAUUUCUAAAGAAGCCUCAGAAAUUCAGAUAUCAAAGUCUCUCCCUGAAUCUCAGUGUGAUUUAUAUAUUGAAACCCCCUAAAUUCUUUUAAAAAUCCCUGCUGGAAACAUUAUAGUCAAUUUUUAAACCAGCUAUUUCCAGACUUCUUAAUGAAACAAUUAAUUUGAUAAUCUUUAACACGCUUUUGACACACAAAAUCAGCAAAUCUGUAUAUUCUAUUUAUUCAUGUUCCUUCAGUAAAAUGAAUAUACAGGCAUGAGACCAGAUAUUUCAUUGACAUAAGCUAUCCUGACCCCUUGAUGCUGCACUGUGCUACAGAGCUGAGGUUCUGACCCAAUAACUGAGUGGGGAAUCAGUCAGACAUUGAUUUGUGAAGGAAGUGAAAAAAAAGUCUAUUAUAUCUUCUUUGCAGUAUGACUAGUUAACAGCUGUUUACUAAUUUCUCUGCAUGUGUUCUGACUGCAUAGCUGCUGCUGCUAUUCAUCAGACUAUACAGUUACUUUAUAAUUAAUUUUAUAUUAGCCACUGAGGUGUCUGUGGUUUUGGGCUAUCUCUGUAAUUUUAAUUAAAUAGUUUUAUUAGGUUUAUUAAUCUAACCAUGACUUUUGAGCAGGCAGAAAUCAACCUAAGUAACCGUAUUAUUUCUGGGAGGGGCAGGGAGAUAGACAGACAAUGCAUAUCUUACUUUAGUUACCCAAGUGAUAGCUUUGAACAUUAAGAUAAAACUACAAGACCAGCAGUUUUCAUCUCACAAACUGCCUCACUUGCAACAGGAAUCCUGCUCAACUUCUAACAGCUUCUGACUGCUGCCCUCAUUUUCUCUGAGUGUCAUUGUGACAGAACUCCAUGUGACAGAAUGUAAAUCCAAUGGGAAGUGCCCAAAAUUAUUUCCAAAAACUGCAGUUUGGUUGCCUUUGUGCCUUCUCAGUUUAGACCUGCAGCAUUCCUCUGGGUACAACUGGUACAACUCACAGUCACUGAAAAUGAAGAACAUGUCCUGCACCAUGUUCCAAGAGAGGAACUUGCCUUGGUGAGCAGGACAUAACAGACAAAUGGAAGGCACUGUUCAGAGUCCUGUUGUAACUUCUUAAACACAAUAGGAAAAUGAUACCACAGAGUGAAUCAGUCCCAGAUUUGCCCAUAGAAACUGUGGAUGCCCCAUCCCUGGAAGUCCUCAAGGCCAGGCUGGAUGGGGCCUUGGCCAACCUGAUCUAGUGGGAGCUGUCCUUGCACAUGGCAGGGGGGUUGGAGCUAGGUGAUCUUUAAGGUCCCCUCCAACCCAAGCCAUUCUAUGAUUCUGUGAUCUGUUAGGCUCUGGUCGCUAGUUGAUUCUCAAAGUUUCAUUUAUGACACUACUAAGUUUUACUGGGGACAUUCUUUCUUACCUUGUUCAGCUUGUGUUUUAUUGUCUUUCUGGGCUUACGGCUUGCUACUUCUGCUAUUUUUAGGUGCUUAUAAUUUAUUAAUGUAUCUUUCAAGGGCAA